AUGAAAUGCCGAAUCCCUAUGGAAGAAAGGCACUUCAUUCAAAUAGCUCAAACUGCCCUUAAAAUCUCUCUGAGGAAGAGAUUUGAUGGGAUGCUGUUUGGAGAUCUGGCAGAACUGGCAGACAAAGCAUCCAAAUACGAGGAGCUGCUCAGGGAAGAACAACAGAAGAGGAACUCUUCCAAAGACACAUAUUACAAAACCCAAUCUUCUUCAGUGCAUCUGGUUGAGGUAGAAUCAGAAGAAGGCACAGAAAGCUCGGAAGAAAGGGAAGUUGCAGUGGUAGAAAUGGCAAAACUAAAACAUCCCAUUAGCUGCAAGGCUUUGACAAAGCCACCAAAGGAUCAGAAGCUGCCACCAUUCAUAGGAGGGUUUGUUCCAAACAAACCAGCACAUAACAAAGUCUAUUCCUUCGAUUUAACCAAGGUUGAUGCUCUGUUUGAUGAGAUGCUGCUGCAGAAGGCAAUAGAGACACCCCACCGGUUGCCCAAGUCAGAGGAACUUAAGGGCAGACAAUAUUGCAGAUGGCACAACUUUGAACCAUUCCACUAA